UACUAUAAGAGGCUGAAUAUCCGCGUGGUGCUGGUAGGCCUGGAGGUCUUUAAGGACGCCAACCCCUUCAGCGUGGAAGGCUCUGCGGGGGAAGUGUUGGGACUGUUCGUCAAGUGGAGGAAGACGGUACUGCUGCCGCGGAUCAGGCAUGAUGACGCACAGCUAAUUGUUGGUCUGGGGGGAGCGUAUUCGGGAGGGAUCCUGGGCAUGGCGUUCGUGGGCACAGUGUGUUCGAUGGCCACAGCUGGAGGAAUCAAUGUGUAUAGUGGUGACAAUCUGGGCUACGUCUCUACAGUCGUGGCCCACGAGAUGGGCCAUAACCUGGGCAUGAAUCACGACGACAGCCGUUGUAGCUGUGACGGAGGGAGCUGUAUCAUGGCUGCCUCGGCAACUGGAUCCACCCUCUUCAGUGACUGUAGUGCCUCUGACUUUGAGCGUCUGGUCCUGCGUGGAGGAGGGGUGUGUCUGUUGAACCAGCCCUCCCAGUCCAACAUCGUCUCUGUGGCUAAAUGUGGCAACGGCAUGUUAGAGGAAGGAGAGGACUGUGACUGUGGAACACCCCAGGAAUGUACCAAUAAGUGCUGUGACGCGGCCACCUGUAAGUUGACCUGGGGAUCGGCCUGCGCUCAGGGAGGCUGCUGCAAGGACUGCAAGAUCAGCGUGUCAGGGACACCGUGCAGGGGAUCUGUCAACUCAUGCGACCUCCCAGAAUACUGCAACGGCUCCACCUCCUUCUGUCCAUCUGACUUCUAUAUCAUGGAUGGGCUUCUCUGUGAGAACAACGCGGCGUACUGUUAUGAGGGCCGCUGCCAGACCUACGACUACCAAUGCAAACAUCUUUUUGAAACAGGUGCAAGCAAAGCAGCAGACAUCUGCUUUCAGACGGCGAAUCUAAAGGGGGAUGCGUUUGGGAACUGUGGAAUGACGUCGGCAGGGACCUAUGUGAAAUGUAGUUUGGCUAAUGCCAUGUGUGGGAAGGUACAGUGCACUAACGUAAACACCAACAACCCUCCUCCUGGAGGCUCGGUCAGUAACCAGAUCAUCGAUGGUUCUUCAUGUGUCAACGCAGACUUUAACCUGGGCUCUGAUGUUCUGGACCCUGCCUAUGUCAACCAGGGCAGCCCCUGCACCAAGGGGAAGGCCUGUGUUGACUUCCAGUGUGUGAAUGCCUCAGCUCUACUGUCUGUGGACCUCCACUGUGACGCCAACAACACAUGUAACGGCCGAGGGGUGUGUAACAACCAGGGGCACUGCCACUGUAAUGACGGCUGGGGACCUCCUGACUGUGCCAAGUCAGGGAGAGGGGGCAGUGUGGACAGCGGGCCUGCACAGAUAGAUUAUUCCCUGAGGGACGGCCUGCUGAUCUUCUUCCUCCUGGUGGUUCCCAUCCUGGUGCUGCUGGUGUUAGUGCUGCUCUAUGUGUUCAGAAGGGAUACCCUGGAAAGAUGCCUCAAAGGACCACGCUCCAGACGCUCUAGGUCAGGAAACACAGCAAAUGGCCAAGCGAAUGGCAAUGCCCCGAAACAACCAACUACACAACCUCCAGCAACACAGGCCACAGGCCCCCUCAG